AGACCGAGGUGACGGAGAAGGAGGGGGAGGAGGACUUCGGAUUUUCCCGGUUGCCGACCAGCACAAGCGCUCGUUCCGAGCGAGACCUUUGUCGAGGAAUUGGAGGGAAACAACGAAGUUGACUAAGCGAGCUCUCCGACGAGCACGGGACGGCCAGGCAACCACGUCCGACCACGAGGAAGGGCCAGAAAGUAAGAGUCGACCUUCCAGGCCGGCUACCCCCCGCCUCCCCGGGCUAAUCUCGACGGGGUUCCCUUGUUUCCUCCUCGCCCUUCCGAGCCGUUUCCUGCCGCCUCUCCCCCGCUUCCCCCUCACCCGCGCGAUAAAAACUCGCUUUGCCGCUCCUCCGGCCAGCAUUGGCGACAAGAAGCGCUUCCUCCGAGACAGAUAUCAGAAUGCGGCUACGGGCGCAUGCCAACGGGGCGCUCAUCCUCAAGUUCCUCCUGGUGCUUGGGAGUGCCGCUGCUCAGGACGCUGCUCAGGACGGCGACAAGGACAGUGGAGGGGAAGAAGUCGAGAAGAGGCUGCUCGUGUUUCCGGACACGAACCUGCCCGAUUCCGGCAGCUUCUGCCAGUCUCCGCUCGGCACCUCUGGGCGCUGCGUGCCUUACCAGGAGUGCCGCUUCCUCUUCAACGACGAGUUCCUGGCGAGGCGGUCGCUGUGCGGCUUCAACGGGCGGGUGUCCCUCGUCUGCUGUCCGCAGCAGGGCCAGGGCUUCGGUAACGGCUUCGGAGGGGGCCUCGGGGGAGGAGGAGGCGGAGGAGGCAUCGUCUUCCCCGAGGUCCCUCAAGUCCCGCAGAACUUCCCGAACAUCGCUGGCGGCGGCGGCGGAUUCGGGCCCCCGAGGCGACCCUUCGGCCAAGGAGGAGGACUCCCGCCCAACAGAAACCCUUUCGGAGGAGGAGGAGGCCAGUUCGGGGGCAGAUUCCCCGGGAACCACCGCACCCCGCGGCCCUCGGGCCCAUACAACUCGCCGCGACCCCAGGGACCCAGGCAGUGGGGCACCAGCAAUUGCGGAGUGGCAAGUAGCGCCCUGGUCCGCAUCGUGGGCGGACGGGAAUCGAACCUUGGAGCUUGGCCCUGGAUCACGCUCCUGUUCAUCGACGUCCACGGCAAUGGGGUGAGGUCUCCCCUGUGCGGCGGGGCGCUCAUCACGCCUCAGCACGUGCUCACAGCCGCCCACUGUACCUUCAACGGAAACAAAUCGCUGACGCCAGACGCGUUCGUGGCCCGUCUCGGCGAGCACGACUACCUGAGCAACGAUGAUGGCGCCAACCCCGUGGACGAGCCCGUCGUGCAGAUCCACCGGCACAGCGACUUCAACUCCAGGACGUACCUUAACGACGUGGCAGUGCUCAAGCUGCGACGGCCCGUUCCCCUCAACAAGGACAUCGCCCUCAUCUGUCUGCCGUAUGGGCCACUGCAGACUGACACAUACGAGGGCAAGAUGGCCAACAUCGCCGGCUGGGGAGAACUCUACUAUGGAGGGCCGUCGAGCGCUUCAUUGCAAGACACCCGCAUCCCGAUCCAGAGCUUGGACACGUGCAAGGAGUCCUUCAAGCGCACCAGCAUCACAUUCACAGAUAACUACCUCUGCGCCGGAAGUCUCAAGGGAGACAAAGACGCUUGCAGAGGCGACUCCGGAGGACCGCUAAUGCUGCUGGAUCAGCAGGAGCGCUUCACAAUCAUCGGAAUCACUUCAUUCGGGAGACGCUGCGCAGAGCCCGGCUAUCCCGGGGUCUACACCAGGGUUGCCAAGUACCUCGACUGGAUCGCUCAGAGGCUAAACUGAGCCCCAUCGACCGCUCCAGCUCCAUCCUCCAUUACCUUCCCGCUCACUAGUCGCGGCCCACACCUCAGACCGCAAACUUUGUACAAUAAAACGACACAAAACUCUUCCAA